CUGAAUGAAAAUUUCAAACUAUAAAAUGAAAAUAUUAUGCGAAGUGCAGGUGGUGAAUCGCAACACUCAAGCGAAUCGCACACCAAGAGCAGUCAAGUCAACGCUAGCCAUGGGCUACAAGCAAAGCGCGCGAGACUCCAAUGGCAACACCAAAAAGGAGCUCGAAUUGGUGCUAUUUACACCACAAGUAAAAGCUGGCACACGAUACAAAGUGCGUGAAAAUAUACAUUGCGUACACACCAAGUUUGUAUUGGACGGCAAGGUCACCAUAGGAUUUAAGCAGCCAGCAGAAAAUCUGCUCAUCAAAUGUGAUCCCAUACAGCUAAAGGGAUUUUUGCAGACGCUCAAGCUGGGCAUGGAGGGCAAGGAUACCAUGAAUUUGAGACUGAACAUUGCCGCAGCAACGGCCAUACCACAAAAAUCACAACCACAAACACGCAUGACCAUUAACCGACGCAGCGAGUAUCCCAUAAAGGGUUUUCCACGCACGCUUAAAACGCUAUGCAUCACCAAUAUACAACUGAUGAAGCUGAGCUUCGAAAUCUGCACUUUGCGCAAUCUUACAACCCUGGACCUUUGCUGCAACAAGCUGACUAAGAUACCCGCUGAGCUGGGUCGCUUGAGUUUGAACACGCUGAUUUUAAGCGGCAAUGCGCUGGGCGUCUACAACGACUGGAACUGGCUGCGUGGUACCAAGCUGACACAGUCAUUGUGUCAGCUGGACUUGUCCGCUAACGGACUCAACUACUUUCCACCACCUUUGGUUAAAUACGAGCGACUGAUUACGCUAAAUUUGAAUCACAACGACUUGCGUCAUCUGCCCUUUGGCAUACGUCGUCUGCAGCGAUUGCGUUCGCUGCAUGUGUCCAGCAAUAAGCUGGAAUCUCUGCCUGCUGCCAUAGAAGAUUUGCAUAUCGAUUUGCUGGAUGUGUGGGGCAAUAGCUUCAGGAGCUUCAAUGGCGAGAGCGCGCAGGAGCAGCUACAACGCAUCGCUGCCACACAAGCGCAUGCACCUGCAGCACUUUGGCUGCAGGCGGCGCGAUCUGUUUCCAAAUACAAGCUGCCAUAUACAGCGCACACAUUGCCACCAAUACUUAUCGAUUUCCUAUCAGAGGCACCCAGAUGCUUAUGUGGCAAGCUCUGCUAUGCGCUGCAGCCGGAGGAACUCUUGCAACGUGCAACGCAACCAAAGUUUGAGAAUAUUAAAAGUCUGACCUACAGUCGCGAGCAUCAGAUCUACGCGGAUUUAAUUGUCUGCGGUCGCAAUUGUUAUUCCUAUACGGCACAGAUAGCGGAGCAUCCCUGAUUUACGGAAAUAUUUAGUU